CACACACACACACACACACACACACACACCCCAAUGUUUUGGUCGAUGAUUGACCACAUAAGAUUAUAAAGGGGCUGAAAAAUUUUUAUCCUUUAGUGACAUAACUGUUGGAAUGUCAUAAUGCAAUUCAUUACUCAUAUGUUUAUGGUGACGCUGGUGUAAACAGACCUACUGUGCUGUUACUUGCAGAAAACUAGAGCACACACAAUUAUGUACAGAAUACUUGGUAAUGAUAAUAAAUGACUAUAUUACUAGUUCAUAUAUUUACUAUACUAUGCUAUUAUCAUUAUCUUAGAGUAUACUUCUUGUACUUAUAAAAAAAUUAACUGUAAAACAGCUUCAGGUAGGUCCUUCAGGAGGUAUUCCAGCAGACAUUGCUAUUAUAGGAGAUGACCCCUCCAAGUGUGUCAUUUCCCCUAGUGGGACAAGAUGUGGGGGUGGAAGAUAGUAAUAUUGAUUUUUCUGACUUUGCGUAGGCCUAGGAGAAACAGAAGUGUAAUUAACUUUCCACAAUACAUUCAUGGAGCUCUACAUGGUACGAGAAAAGCCCCCUGUGGCCAAUAUUAACAAAACUAGGCUCCAGAAUUAUUUUAUCCCAACACAUCAUAUUCUGUACUACUGAGAUUGGUGGAAGGGAACAGGCAAUUUUCUGUAAAUAAGAAAAGCAUGUGUGAUUACAGUCUGAGGAUUAAAGGAAGGUGAAAAGUAUAGCAAAUUAAAAUUCUCGGUAAUCUGAAUGUUCUUGAUUUUCUAACAAAAGUUUAUCAGUCACCACUUAUCACCUCUCAAUAGCUAAACAAAAAGUCUUUCACUCCAUAAACACUCAAAUGUGAGAAACUUGAAUCCUGCCCAUGCUGAAUUCAGUGGCUUAACACCAACACCCACUUUGAAAACUGAAAAGUUAUGAAUAUUAAUUAAUUUCCUGGUAGAGAAUUUGUCCUUUGUUAUGAAUAAAUGCAACAGCUUUAACUGUGGCAACAGCCAGACCAAAACAAAUAGAUAAAAUGUACAGGUACUCCAAUGACUACAUUCCCAGGGAUGAUGAGUAUUAUAUUGAAGACACACCAAUUUAUGGUAACUUAGAUGAUAUGAUUUCAGAACCAAUGGAUGAAAAUUGCUAUGAACAAAUGAAAGCCCGACCAGAGAAAUCUGUAAAUGAGAUGCAAGAAGCUACCCCAUCUGCACAGGCAACCAACGAAACACAGAUGUGCUACGCCUCACUUGAUCACAGCAUUAAGGGGAAGCGCAGGAAGCCCAGGAAACAGAAUGCCCAUUUGUCAGACAAGGAUGGAGAUGAGCAAUCACAUCCAACGGAUGCCAGCAUUUCUAAGACCACCUUAGUAGACAAUUUCUCCCCAGAAAGCCAGGCAGUAGAGGAGAACAUUCAUGAUGAUCCCAUUAGACUGUUUGGAUUGAUCCGUGCUAAAAGAGAACCUAUAAACUAGCUGGACCAUGAUCUAGCUCAAUGAUUUGCCUCCUGCUGAAGACGGUUGCUAAGAAAACAAGACCCACAGAGGACACAGAAGGACUUGGCAGCGGGAUGAUGGCCUGAUUAUCUGUUGAUGAGAUGGUGGCUUACCCCUUAUUCAGAGCUUACACUUAUACAUGCCAAAUGUAAUGUCAUGAAAACCAGUAUUUCAAAUAACUUAAAAAAUGCUUCACUACUAAAAUGUAAAAACUUAAUGUGCUCAUCUCAGCAACACAUAUGCUAAAAAUUAAUAAAAUCCAGUUUGAAAAUUGAGCCUGAUAACAAAAUUACAAAUUCACAAUACCUAAUAUUUAGGGAAAUAAAAAAAAUUUAGGCAUGAAUAUAUUCUGGAACACAUUAGGAGAAAAAGCCAAUGAGUUUUUUUUUUUUAAUUCGCCUUUCUCACCAAUGGGAAACACCCCAUAAUUGAAAGAAAUUUCUGAUUGAAAGGUAUAAGAAAUAUUAAAAUGCAUUAAUUACUAAGAGAAGUAAUGUAAUCUUUUUACAAGGUAUUCUUCCCAAAGAUAGCUUUACUAUUUCAAAAAUUGUCAAAUUAAUGCAUGCUCUUGCAACAAAGAAAUAUCAAAAAGAGUUGAGAAAUUCUACUAGUCAGAGACAAUCACUUUGAGAAACUUACUAUAUAUCCUUCUAAAUAUUUUUGAGAUGCUUAUGUGUAUACAUCAGUUUUUUUUUUUUAAACCAAAAACCUGGUUUAUUUUGUACACAUUACUUAAACUUUCCUCACUUAACAAUAUAUUGUGGAUUUAUUUUCACUGUUAUAUUUAACUAUAUAUAAAUAUACAUCACAAUUUUAAUGUCUGCAUAGCACCCCACUGAUAAACAAAUCAGAGUUUAUUUAAAUAAUUCUAAUGACUUUUAAAAACAAUUUAUUGAUACAAAAAGCAAGGUUGAGAUGACAAUGUUUCUUUCAGUAAUUAAAAAAACCAUUGCUUCACUAUCUUCUCACUUUGUUUCCGAUGAAACAUCUACUGUAAUGUUUGUCUUUCUCCUUAUGUGUGAUAUACAUUAUUUUUCUGAUUAAGAUUUUUCUUAUUACUGGUUCUAAUUUGAUUGUAAUGUGCCAAGGUAUGGUUAUUUUUCAAGUGUCUUGUGUUUGGAAUUUGUUGAGCUUCUUAGAUCUAUAUAUUUAUAGUUUUUAUCAAAUUUGGGGGAAAAUGACCAAUAUUUUUUUCUGUGAUCCUUCUUAUUUUCAAGUUUUUCCAUUACUUGCAGAUGGUCCCACAUUUUACUUAUCUGUUUAUUUCACUCUUUUUUGUAUUUCAUUUUAGAUAGUUUUUCUUGCUAUGUCUUCAAGUCUGUGAAUCUUUUCUUCUAAAUCAUCUAAUCUGCCAUAAUCCUAGACAGGACUUUUUAAUCUCAGAUAACUUAGUUUUUAUUUCUAUAAAUUUAGUGUGGGUCUUUUGUCCCCCAUCUUUCAUGUCUCUAACAUACUUAAUCUCUCCUCUAACUUCUUCAAUGGAUGAAUACAAUGCUAACAAUU